UGAUUGUCGUCACAUCCGGGGUAAAAAUGGCGACCUAAUAUGGGCCUUAAUGUUAUUUUCCGUGCGGCGAUAAAUAACAGAGCCCGUAGCCUCUUCUAAAACUGUUAAUAUACUUAUUUUUUUCCCCAUCAAGAACACGCCAAUGCGUAAUUAGACUAAGCAAGUGUCCAUGGGAGAGUUCGCCGUGUCGUCUCCAGAUGGUCCCGUGGUGUUUCGGUUGGCAGAAAGCCCGUGGACGUCACUAGCCGACCAGGAAUUAUCGGUGUCAUGGGCACAGUUGUGCCUAUCUCGGCUAACUCUGGGUGAGAGGCAUCAUACACCCUGAACUGGUCGCCAACCAAUCGCAGGACGUGAAGAGUUGUAACCAUGAGUAGUCGCAGGAAGAAGGCCCCCCCUGUGAGGGUGGACGAGGUGGCGAAACAGAGGUUGAACUGGAACAUGCUGGAGGAUCGGAGGAAUGAGGAUAUCCAGGGAAUGCCUUCUUGCUCUUCCCUUCCUGCCCCCGCGCCUUCGGGCAUCUCCUCGGAUGUCGCGCCACCGCCGGCCACCCCUCAGGAAACCCCCGGCACGUCGUCGGACUCGGCACCCGCCUUCCAGGCGCUCAGCACGGUGCCCGCCUCCCAGCUCGGCCACGCCUGGAAGGCCCUGAUCGGGGAGUUCCGCGUCCGGCCGGGCCGGUUGCCGUCGGAGCGUCGGCGCGGGGCGUUCUCGAUUUGCAAGAUGGCUGACCGGCUCUGCGUCCGUUUCGGGAGCCCCGAGGAGCCCGACGCGGACGGGGACGCCUCUGCCGCCGAAUGCAGCCUCGCUCGCAUCCAGCUGGAGGACCUGGACUGGCUCCAGAAGAGACAGGUGGUACAGCUCUGCCACGAGGAAGAAGACGACUCCUUCAAGGUGGGAAUUUACCUGCUGGAAAGUGGCCUCGGCAAGCCAGAGUUCCUCAGCGAGGGAAACGCUCGGAUGAAGAAAGCCAAUCAGCUCAUGCAGAAGAUGAUGGAGUAUUAUUACGACUUCAUCAUUCCAGAAGUGGUGGACAACGAGGAUGAGGAAUGCGACACAGACCUGGAGAGGCAGAACGUGGAGGAGCUCUACGACUACGUCAGGUGCGUGCAUCAGACCGACGGCCGACGGGAAGGGAUCGCCGAUGUCCAGCAUCCGGCGCUGCUGCCGGUGCUUCGGCCCUAUCAGAGCCAGGCCGUCAACUGGAUGCUGAUGCGUGAGAAAUUCAGGAAUCCGUCCCUCAAAGAACAAUCACUGCAUUUCCUGUGGCGGGAGUUGGUGACGUUGUGUGGCAAGAAAUUGUUCUACAACCCUUUUACCGGCUGUUUAAUCCGUGAGUUUCCACUCGCCGGGGUGGAACGUCCCGGCGGCAUCUUGGCCGACGAGAUGGGCCUCGGCAAGACGGUGGAGGUUCUCGCUCUGAUUCUGUCUCACGGUCGACAGGACCUGGAGCAGGAGGCCCUCACCAUGCCUGUGGGAACGUCUGUGAAUUAUUUCGUUCCGCCACCUCCGCUGGAGAGCGAGAAAGUUAGCCACGGCAAGCCUGCUGUGCAGCCAAAAAUGAAAACAUCACACCCAGCCAUCCGCGUGAUGCUGCUCACCGCCAUCCGGGAGAUGCGCUCGGGCAAAGGGGCCUCGGUCAACGCCGUGUUCACGUACAUCCGCGCCACCUACGGCUACGACCUGCUGAAGAACCGCGGCCACAUUAAGAAGACGUUGGCCAAGCUGUCGGACGAGGGCCUGGUGGAGCGGGUCAAGGGCCGUGGCCUGGCCGGGUCCUUCCGGCUGGGCAAGAAAUACAAGGAGGUCAAGAAGACUCUUGCAGCGGCGCCCAAAUCCAGCUCGCCCAGGAAGACGUUCCAGAGACGGGCGAAAGACAAAGCAGAGGUGGCGCUGCAAAACGCCAUCAGUGAAGAUGUCUGUGACGUCAAUUUCCCGACGGCGUCCCGGGACGCGAAUGCUCAACGUGACGCCGCGCCCGGACUAUCGGAUCAACCGUCGAUCUCCCAGGAGGAGCCGGAACCCCCCGUCCGGGCGUCGGUGGUGCCCUUCAACGCGGCCGACUACCGCUUCGAGUGCAUCUGCGGCGAGCUGGGCGUGGUGGACUACAAGGCCCGCGUGCAGUGCAUGAAGUGCCAGCUGUGGCAGCACGCCUGCUGCGUCAACUACAAGGAGGAGAGUUUGGAUACCACGCCGUUCUACUGCCCGCACUGCCUGGUGGCCAUGACGCCCGUCUCCACCGGAGCAACCCUCAUUAUUUCGCCCAGCUCCAUCUGCCAUCAGUGGGUGGAUGAGAUCAACCGCCACAUCAGAUCCGCCUCAUUGCGCGUCCUGGUAUACCAGGGCGUGAAGAAGCACGGCUUCAUCCAGCCGCGCGUGCUCGCCGAGCACGACGUGGUCAUCACCACCUACGACGUGUUGCGCUCGGAGCUCAACUACGUGGACAUCCCGCACAGCAACAGCCGCGAUGGGCGUCGCUUCCGCAACCAGAAGCGCUACAUGGCCGUGCCCAGCCCACUGGUGGCCGUCGAGUGGUGGCGCGUGUGUCUGGACGAGGCGCAGAUGGUGGAGUGUCCCACCGCCAAAGCGGCCGAGAUGGCGCUGCGCCUCGCCUCGGUUAACCGAUGGUGCGUCAGCGGUACGCCGGUGCAAAGAGGCUUAGAAGACCUUUACGGCCUGGUGCUCUUCCUGGGCGUGGACCCGUACUGGGUGAAGCAUUGGUGGGACCAGUUGCUCUAUCGGCCGUAUCGCCGCGGCAACCCGGAGCCGCUCUAUAGCGUCGUGGCUCAGCUGCUGUGGCGCUCAGCAAAGAAGGAUGUCAUCGAUCAGAUCCAGAUCCCAGCUCAGACGGAAGAAGUGCACUGGCUGCGCUUCUCCCCGGUGGAGGGCCACUUCUACCACCGGCAGCACGAGGAGUGCUCCCAGGACGCCCUGCUCAAGCUGCGCAAGCUGUCCGACUGGAGUUUGAAACUGAGCAGCCUGGACCGCCGCACGGUGUCCACCAUCCUCUGCCCGCUGCUGCGGCUGCGCCAGGCCUGUUGCCACCCACAGGCGGUGCGUGGCGAGUUCCUGCCCCUGCAGAAGAGCACCAUGACGAUGGAGGAGCUCCUUAAGUCCUUGCAGAAGAAAUGUCGAGUGGAGUGCGAGGAGGCCCACAGACAAUUGGUGUGCGCGCUCAACGGCCUGGCUGGGAUCCACAUCAUCCGAGAUGAGUUUGAGCAGGCGGCCGAGAUGUAUAGAGAAGUGCUGCGCUCGUCUGAGGAGCACAAAAGCAGAUUGAAGACGGAUUCUUUGCAGAGACUUCACGCCACUCACAAUCUGAUGGAGCUGCUGAACGCAAAGCAUCCUGGGAUUCCUCCCACGUUGCGAGACGACCACCUCAGCGAGGAGGCUGAGCAGCUGCGUCAGCACUACAUGACCAAGUACGACUCAGAGGUGGCCGACGCCCACCAAGCCCUGCAGCCGGUCUUGCAGAACAUCAGAGAGCUCAAACGCAAAAUCAACCUGAGCGCCCCCUGGUGGCUGGAGGUAAUCCAGCGAGCGGUCCGUUGCUCCACCGACGACGACCUGGUGGGCCGUGUAAAGAACGAGCUGACGUCCAGCUACAAACAGCAAACUCACAAGCUCUCCAUGGCCGACAAGUUCCGUGACGGCCACGGUCUGCUUUUCCUGCUCACCACGCAGAUGGAAGACCUGAUGGAAUCCCAGAAGAUCGUCCGGGAGGCGGUGAAGAGCCUGGAAGGUCCGGCGUCUAAGAAAGUGAUUGAUGAGGCCACCAUCUGUCACCUCAGGCCCACGCGACUCCCGCUCAAUAAUUGUGUCUUUUGCAAAGCCGACGAGCUUUUCACCAACUACGAAUCCAAACUCUUCUCGCACACCGUGAAAGGCCAGACGGCCAUCUUUGAGGAGAUGAUCGAGGACGAAGAGGGCCUGGUUGACGACCGCCUGCCCACCACCAGCCGAGGCUUGUGGGCGGCCAGCGAGAUGGAGCGCACGCUCAAGGCCAUCCUGGCCUUCGCCAAGGCCAAACGUGUGGACCCCGAGCUGGUGGAGGAGGGCAACGCCUUCAUGGAACUCUUUGAGACCUGGAAGAAGGAGUACAAGGUGCUGCACGAGUACUGGAUGGUUCUGCGGAAUCACGUGUCCGCCAUUGAUGAGCUGGGAAUGGCUACCGAGAGGCUCCGCUUGCGUCUCCCCGACGAACCGAAGCCCAAACUGCGCCACAUAAUUGAGCCCCACGAGGUGGAGCAAAACCGGGUGAAGCUUCUCAACGACCAAGCGGUGGCCAAGUCUCAGCUGCAAAAGAAGCUCGGACAGUUUUUAUACCUGACAAACCUGGAAAAGUCCCAGGACAAGUCCACUGGUGGUCUGAACCCGGAACCGUGUCCCAUUUGCGGUCGGCUCCUCGGAAAGGAGUGGGCGGUGCUGACGUGCGGCCACUGCUUCUGCAACCAGUGCAUCGCCAUCAUCCUCGAGCAGUACAGCGUGGGCUCGCGGCGCCGCGCCAUCAACUGCGCCAUUUGCAGGCAGACUACGUCUCACGCCGAAAUCUCCUACGUGUUCACCGCGCAGGCGUCCAGCCAGGACCAGGACAUUCCAGUUAAGGGGAGCCACUCGACCAAGGUGGAGGCGGUGGUGAGAACCCUGAAAAAGAUCCAAGUGAGCGACCCGGGUGCCAAGUGUCUGGUCUUCUCUACGUGGCAAAGCGUCCUCGAUAUCAUCGCCAAAGCUCUGUUGAACAACAACAUGGAGUUUUCGCAGAUCAACGGAAUCCAAAAAUUCCAGGAGAACCUGAGCUCCUUCAAAUACGAGAAGCAGAUCAAUAUCCUGCUGCUUCCCCUGCACACGGGCUCCAACGGGCUGAACAUCAUCGAGGCCACGCACGUGCUACUGGUGGAGCCCAUCCUAAACCCCGCCCAUGAGCUGCAGGCCAUCGGACGAGUGCACCGAAUCGGACAAACCAAGCCGACGUUCGUGCACCGCUUCCUCAUCAAGUCCACCAUUGAGGAGAGGAUGCAGGCCAUGCUCAAAACGGCAGAGAAGAGUCACGGCAGGGCGGCCAUGAAGCACUCGGAGGCGGCCGUGCUCACCGUGGCCGACCUGGCGGACUUGUUCACCCAAGACGACGCCCAACAUCUGCAGUGAAGACUACCCACGAUGCACUGCUCUCUCUAUCCUAUAAUGACGCGCGGCGGUGAUGGACACUCCUUGAUUUUUGCACAUUUCCAUUUUUUUCUACAAAUGCAUUGACUUUAAAUCAAAGGGGAACAUUUGGACUGUUUAUUACAUUAUUAUUAUUGUUGUACAGUAUGCUUUUGUUGAUUUACAGUUAUUUGUCACUGUGCCGUUGUCACAAGUUUCAGGAAAUAAAAGGCAGUUACUUGGGCGGACUCGUCACGUCACAGACAGGAAGGGGGCACUUGUGUCGUUACAAAAAAAUGACAUCCUUUACAAGGUUUUGUCUUCUUCUUCUGGGAUUUUUCUCUGUUGAAGUUGGCAUGUUGUUGUGUGCGCAGGCGGGAGAGUGCAAUGUCAAGAUUCCGUCUCUUGGAGACCAAUCUUGUAAAUUCCGACUCGUAAAAAAAAAAAAAAGAUUCAGCAUGUUUCCUGUAUUCGUUUUGUGUCAUUUUGCGUGCGUCACUUUGAAUGCUUUCUAUUGUCGUUCUGCACAAUUUUGCAUGCGCUUCUGUUCCAUUUUGUAUGUUUUUGACAUUUCACAUGCUUCUCAUUGUUGUUUUGCUCAUUUUUACGCUUCCAGUAAUUUAUUUUCCCUGUUUUGUGCAUGCAUUGUGCCCCUUUUGUAUGCUUUUUUUAUUUUUUAUUUUUUUGUACUAUUCUCAUGCGCCAUUUUGCAUGCUUUGUUCCAGUGGCAUUCCCUGAUUUUGCACAUUUAAUUUUUUUUGCAUCCUUUAGUUGAUUUGUGCCAUUUUGCAGCAUUUCACAUACGUCCUUUUUGCUUCUUGUAGUCGUUCGGCGACAUCUUGCAAGCUUUUGGUCCUGAUUUUUAUUUUUUUUUUUAGCUCAAUUUUGCACCCUUCUGCCAUUUUAUGCCCUUAUAGUUUUUUCACUAUUUAUCCUGCCGUUUUAGUAUACUUCAGAAUUAGUUAUUUUUUGCCUUUUUUCUACGCUUCUUUUCAUAGUGUUUUGCGUCCUCUAGUUAUUUAGCACCAUUUUUUUUUUCCAUUUUUAGCACAGAAGUGUCUCUGACAGGAUGAAGGGUAAAGUUGAUAAAACAGCGGUGAGGCCGGCCAUGACGUACGGAUUAGACGGAUUAGAGACGGCGGCACUGAGGAGACAACAGGAAGCAGAACUGAAGGUGGCAGGAAUGAAAAUGUUGAGGUUCUCGCUUGGUGUGAACGGGUUGUAUAGGAUUAGAAAUGAGCUCAUUAGAGGGGGCAGCCAAAGUUGAAUGUUUUGGAGACAAGAUUCGAGAGAGCAGACUUCGAUGGUUUGGACAUGUCCAGAGGCGAGAGAGUGAGGAAAUUGGUAGAAGGGUGCUGAGGAUGGAGCUGUCAAGGAAGAGAGAGCGAGAGGAAGACCAAAGAAAAGGUUGAUGGAUGUUGUCAGGGAGAACAGUGAGGAAGAUGCACGAGAUGGGCUUAGAUGGAAAAAAGAUGACACGCUGUGGCGACCCCAUACAGGACAAGCCGAAAGGAAAAGAAGUGAUUUAGCGCCAUUUUGUAUGCUUAAUUUCAUCGUUGUUUUUGUGCUAUUUUCUACGUCAUUGUCCUCCAUUUCCACAUGUGACGCUUCUACCUGGAAGCGAUGAGCGUGUUUUAUGAUUUGGACCUCUUGCGCACACGCACUCGUCGCGCGUUUCUUUGCCCCCCCCCCCCCCCCCCCGACUGGCCACGCGGGGGGGGUUCCCGCAAACUCCCAAAGAUUUUUUUUUUUUUUUUGGGUGUCUGCGAACGACAAAGAGCGGUGGCGUACAUGGUUACCGCCGCACUUGUUGUUGCAGUCGCACGUUUACAAAAAGA